CCAAUCCAGAAGAGGGAGGAGGAGGAAGACUGAGUGAGGAGGGGAAAACAAAUCGAUGAUAGCAUCUUCCUGACUCGGAGAAGGGGGAACGCUCUCUCUUUCCUCUCUUUCGGUUUCUCUUUUCCCGCGGUGUUUUCUCUCUCUCUCUCUCUUUCCUCUCUCUCCACGGGGAAUACGUUCCCGUGUCAAAGCUCGGAGCCGCCUUCAAAAGGCUGCCCAAGAGCAGGUGAGGGAGAAGAAAGAAGAAGCGGCGGCUCCAAAGGGAGGCAAGUGGGUGGCCCCUUUUCCUCGCCGACUCGCCCCGGACCACUAGCCACCAUUUCCUCCCCGGGGAGGCCGCGGGUCCAGCCCCUCCAGCGGCUGAGCCUCGGGCGGAAAACUUUGAUCGCGGCGGCCAUCGGGGUGGUGAUGAUCUUGGUGCUGGUCAUCCUCAUCCCCGUGCUGGUCAACUCCGUGGGCAUCGACGGGCACUACGAGAUGCUGGGCACCUGCCGCAUGGUCUGCGACCCCUACCUGGGCAAAGCCAGCGCCACCACCAGCGCCAGCAUCCGCGCCGACGGCGCCCUGCCCCCGCCCUCCACGCUGGUCCAGGGGCCCCAAGGCAAGCCCGGCCGGACGGGCAAGACGGGCCCGCCGGGGCCUCCGGGAGAGCCGGGCCCGCCGGGCGUGGUGGGGCCCCCGGGGGACAAGGGCGAGCCCGGCAAACCCGGCCCGCCCGGCCUGCCCGGACCCGGCCUGGUGGGCACGGGCGCCAUCAGCACCGCCACCUACACCGUGGUGCCCCGCGUGGCCUUCUACGCCGGGCUCAAGAACCCGCACGAGGGCUACGAGAUCCUCAAGUUCGACGACGUGGUCACCAACCUGGGCAACAACUACGACGCCGCCUCCGGGAAGUUCACCUGCAACAUCCCCGGCACCUACUUCUUCACCUACCACGUCCUCAUGCGCGGCGGGGACGGGACCAGCAUGUGGGCAGACCUCUGCAAGAACGGGCAGGUGCGCGCCAGUGCCAUUGCGCAAGAUGCGGACCAGAACUACGACUACGCCAGCAACAGUGUCAUCCUACACCUGGACGCUGGUGAUGAGGUGUUCAUCAAGCUGGACGGGGGGAAAGCCCAUGGGGGCAAUAACAACAAAUACAGCACCUUUUCAGGCUUCAUCAUCUACUCGGACUGAAGACUGUGCCUAUGUGCACCCUGCUUUCUACACAUGGCAAAGUCCGCUGGGGAAUCCACCUCUAUCGCCAUCUCGCAACAGCCAGUCUCUCCCUACAGGGCACAGUGGUUGUGUCUCUGUUGCCCUUUACCUAAGGAGCACUGUGGAGGAACAUGCUAUGCUAUUCAAGUCGAUGCCCAUUUUCUUUUCUUCCAUGCACUUCUAGCAGCAUGAAUGGUCACUUUCAAGGUGUGUUUAUUUUGGGGAAAGAGGCUUUAAGAAAAAACAAAGGGUCUUUCCCAAGUGAUUGGGAUAGAAUGUUGUGGGACAGUCUCCUAACCUGCAACACCGAAUAAUGAAUUUAUCAUCUCACCAUCCACAAACACAUUUCCAUCUCUAUACCAGAGGCAAAGAUCUGGAUUUAAAUACUCAAAUCUGCAUUAUAGAACUUCUCGUUUGGAUUUGAGUAUGGCAUGUAGAAAAUCCUAUGUUUGUGUCUGCAUGAACAUGGAUGAGUAGAUGAAAUGAAAUAUUUACACCUGGGAUUAUUUAAAACGUCAGCAUUGGCAUCCCCCAAAUUUCAAAUUGAUAGAAAAACAUUUGUUUUCCCUCUCUACAUGGAAAAGCUUAAGUUCUUUAUCACUGUAUAAAUGAGUCCAAUAAUAUUUCCAGUCCACCCAUAUCUUUACCUCUCCAGGGGAAAGGGGAGUUAUUUCAAUAUGUGCAUACAUAUACAGAUACUCCUUGAAUCACCCACGAAGGACACUGAAUGCCUUAGCACACCCAAUGGACUAAUCCUAUUCAUUGCUGGCCAAUAUUGUUCAGACCAGAGGCCUUCUGUAUAACUCUGGCACCCCUUCCUUGCCGAAGUAGCCUUCCCGUGCCAACACCCAAACCUAUCCAAUGUAAAUCAUGUUUAAUCCAUUCCCCACAGAAAGGAGCUGGGUAGAUUCCAACGCUCAACCCAAUCAUUCCAUUGUGUAUAUAUGUAUAAUAUAUGUGUAUAUUCUCCAGAGAAAUCUUAUUUCAUGAAUGCUAUAUCCACAUCAGAAGCAGCAGCAGCAAUGGUACAGGUGACAUCUAUUGUGGUUCCUAACCCACAGUCUCCCAGUUUUUCUUAAUCUAUUUGAUAACCUCCCACUAUGCUUUCCCCAAUGGAGUAUCCCAAUGGUGACCUUUUGUUGGGUUUCUGGGAGGAGACAUGUGGAGGAUAGGACAAUACUGGCACAAUUUGUUUAUUUUAACCAAUGUCUGGGCAAAAGUCCAUGAUCAUAAUAAGAGUUGUGAUCUUC